AUGAGCUGCCGCCGCUUUGUUAAUAUGGUUGUUGACACCGUCAUUGGUGACCGCCAUGCCUACGCUCUUCACUGCAUCAAUAUGUCGGGCUUAUUUUACCCAACCAAGCCAACAACAACACAGCUAGGAGGAGCAGAUGCAAAAGAUGGUAAUACGGUUGAGUCCAGUGAGCUGCCUCGCCCUGCCAUGUCCUUCUACCCCUGCCGAAAUAACGGGGCUCCGGUCGGGAGUGUGGAAUUCAUGCCCGUCAGCAGAGACAAGAACGACAUCCUCACCAUCGACCAGGAUGGCCGAACCUUGAUGUACAGUGUUGCCUCACGUGCCUUCCACAUCCUACCGCCACUGCAGACACCCAUAUGGGAGCCUACCUCCGUGAUCGCUGGUGGCAAGCUCUAUGUGAUGAAAAGCUCCCCCUUCCCCACCACCUCCCACUGCUUUGAGGCUCUCAUCUAUGGCCACCACCCUGGAAUCGACUAUCUCCCAGAGUGCUGGUACUGGCGUUCUCUCCCACCGCCUCCCUUCAGGAACAGCAACCAUCGUCUCGAUGACAACCAAUUUAUUGGUGGAGGCUAUGCAGAUGAGGAUGGCGACCUAUCUAGAGUCACUGCCUACACGGUUGUGAAUGAUUUAGAUAUCUGGGUGUCACAGGGUGGAACGACCUACUCCUUUGACACGGUGAGCAGUGCAUGGACCAGUCUUGGAGAGUGGACGCUGCCAUUCCGAGGCCAUGCUGAGUACAUCCCGGAGAACAAGCUCUGGUUUGGCUUGUCAUCUGAUGGGGACUUGCUUUGCACCUCUGACCUCAGUAGCACGUCAAGGCCUCCUCAGCUGCACAAUCUGUGGAAGGAGCUAGCGCCACCUAAGGAAUGGUUCCUUCACAACUCCUACCUUGUGCACUUAGGCUCUGGCAAGUUUUGCAUCGCCAAGUUCUUUGAGACAGGUCGGAUAUCCAACACUCAGUACAAUGAGAGGUUCGCAGUGCUCACCGGCGUGGAGGUGAAGCGCUGUGGCAAGCAUGGAACAGAGCUCCGGAUGGUCAAGCACGGGUCCAGGCGCUAUAGCCUGAACAAACAAUCUUACUUCCGGGUAUUCUAG